CGCUCAUUUCGGUAGGACAUCUGCUCCCUUCAUUUUCUCAUUUCCCAAAUCAACCCGUCCCAAAGCUUUCUGUUCCAAAUGGAGGACGAUAAUGCAUUCUCCAAUGAGACGUCCACUUCACAGAAUAGCUCUUCUGGUAUCCCAGAUUUUGUCAAGAAGCUCUUCAGAAUGUUGGAGGACAACUCUUACUCAGAGAUUGUGACCUGGGGCUACAAUGGAGAUUCUUUUGUAGUCAAAGAACCUAAUGAAUUUGCAAAAAAUAUCUUGCCCAAACACUUUAAACACUCCAACUUUGCAAGUUUUGUUCGGCAACUCAACAAGUACGAUUUUCACAAGGUCAGAAACGCUGACGAUGGCAAUAAGCCAUAUGGUGAUCAGGCAUGGGAGUUCCGACAUCCCAAGUUUCAGUACAACAAAAAGGAAAUGCUGGAACUGAUAAGAAGAAAAGUCCCAGCUAAAGGGCCAAAAGGCAACAAUGCCACAACCUCUUAUAACAAUGAUAAUACCCAAUCAAAUACCGGUUUGGAAUCCUCGAACGGUGAGGAUAACCAGCAAGAAUUAGCAGGCAAUUGGAAAGUUGCCACCCAGCAAAUUCAGACACAGGUCGACUAUUUACAGAAAUUGCAGAACCAAAUGGCCAACUAUUUACAAGGCGUGAGUAAAAGUUAUGGAGUGGUACUGGAUGAAGUUUUGAGCUUCAAGAAAAAUAUGGCUGCUCAAGAUAAUCUACUUCAUAAUCUGGUUCAAUAUAUGGUCCAUCAAGAAAGAGAACGUGAACAAACGAAGCGAAAACGACGUAUCGAAGGCUCAGGUUCAUCUAUCAGCCAGCAGAUAGCAGCUCUGGAUGCGCCAUUCUUACCUUCUGCUCAGGCACAGAAAUUAAUUGACUCUUAUUCGGAUUUAGCUCGAGCCAGUGUACAACAAAUGAGCAGCUUGUCACAAAGAGUUCAAAGUUUACAACAGCUUUCUGGGUGGCCAUCGACAAGUUCGGACGUUCCUCAGCUUACUGGAGCGGAAGAAGGGUCCUCCUCGCAAACGAGCAAUGAACCUCCAUUUUCGCUUCCUACCAGUGCAGCAGGGACAGGUAGCUCCAACUGGGCAUCGAACGUCAACGUGUCACAACCGCCCAUUGAAAUGAUGCUACCUGAAAGAGGAAGUUCCGAAACCAUAAAUCUUGGAGCUUCAGCACCACGAAAAACGGCAGAUGGAUUGACUGUGGUGACAGUGGGUCAUCUUGCUCCCAAGAAUACACCUCCUGGAACAUUUGGAUACCCUGUUCUCAGUUCAUCCAAUUCAGGUCAAGAGACUUCGGUGGCAUCCACCAGUGGAGCUGGAAAUGGUAAAGUUCGUGUCCAUCGAACAACGUAUGUGCCCGGGUGGUCUGUGCCACCUCGAGUAUUAUUGGUCGACGAUGAUUCCGUCUUCCGUAAUUUGAGUAGUAAGCUACUACAAGUGUUUGGUUGCACAUUCGACGUUGCAGCAGAUGGCGUUGAAGCGAUGCACAAGCUUGGACUCGAAAAGUAUGAUAUUGUACUUAUGGAUAUUGUCAUGCCUAAUCUCGAUGGAGUAUCAGCUACGCGCAACAUACGACAGUAUGAUACCAUGACGCCGAUCAUCUCAAUGACCUCGAACACAACUGACAGCGAUAUCCUGGAAUAUAUUGGGAGUGGAAUGACCGAUGUGCUACCUAAACCAUUCUCAAAGCAGAGCUUGUAUGAUAUGCUGGAUAAAUAUUGUGCCCACCUGAAGGCGAUACAGCGUCAUCACGGGAUCCAACAAGGACAAAUACCUCGAAGUUUAGGUGAACUUGGGCUACCUGCCAUUGCCAUGGGCCAGCUCAGCGAGUCAGCGUUACAGGACCAGUCUUCCAAAACAGAUACUAAUUAUGCAGAAUCGAGCAAUUCUCAAAACGCUGGCGCCUCGUCUUUACCGACUGGAUUCUUCAACUUUGCCCAAUUCCCCCCACAAUUUACCAACUUCUUAGGCAGUUUGCCACUGGAACAGUUACAAGACGGACAAUCUUCUAAUGGCCAAUGGCAGAAUACAACGUCUGAUGAAGCGGAUGGUAUCGAUCGCAGCCAAAAGAAGAGAAAGACUGCCAUGUAAACUUUGAGCGUUUACGUCGGACCAUUCAUUGUUAUGUGUUUUCAAUUGGAGAAAAGUCAUACUCAACCCUCCUUUCAAACGAAAAGAAUGUCUCUUGUAAAUGUCACAGUGUAUUUAAUUUACUCUCACAGUUGUCCUUGAUUGCCUCCAAAACUUAUCUGUUGUAUCCCCACAUUCGUAUCUCUCUUUUGUUUUGUUCUUUUUCCGCGCACAAAUUUUUCCCUGCUAUUUUUCAACAUGUCUCAUACCCAUCAGAUACUCAUACCAUACGUUUUGUGUUCUGCAAUACAGUCUAACCUUCGGUAUUAUUUAUAUCCUGUUCUGACCAGUACGAAAU